UUCUGCAAAACCAGUUUUAAUUUCAAUGGAUUUAUCGCCACUGAUGGCGUUUUGGUCGAAGGAAAUAGUGUAGCACAAUGUUAUUCUUAACCUCUGUAUCGCAUAUGACACUUCAUUGUUUGCAGCUACUAGGGGUGGGCAUUAUAAACAUUUUUGUCUUGAUCGACUAAGGGGAAAUUAACAUUUUCAAUUUUUGUUUUGUUCAUUUUUGAUGGCCAAAAUUGCCAAGGUACUAAAUGAAGCCUGUUUCAGCACAGUUAUCAUGCUUCCUCACGUAGUGUGUUUGAGUGUGUUUAUCUACUCAAAUGCAGAUCUACAGGUCAAACAUAAGUAAAUGAUAAUAAUCGUGGCAGAAAGGGCUGCCGUGUAGUACCCUGUACUAUGAUCAUAGAUGCACAAAGCAUAGUGGAGUUGCUAGCUGUUACUGCAAGAUAAUUAAUUUGUUUACAUGUAAUUUAUUCAUUUUUUUUAGUCCAUUUACAUGCCUUGAUUGGUGCUGCUUUCUCGUUGUGCAACAGAUUGAAAUGGGAUUAACAGUUUACUCUGCAUUUUUUCCCCCCGAGGCUAAAGAGGUCUUUAUUUGCACCAGGUUUAUAUUGGUCUUAAGUGGAUCCCUCACCCGGGGACAAGUUGAGGGACAGCCGUUAUUUCAAAACAGUUGAGUUUAGUUAAAUUAACACUGCAUUUGAACCCCUGCAGUGUACUUUAUUUAAGAUAAAUCAGCCAUCAAUUCUAUACAAUCAAUAGAAUACUCACAUUUAAAUUGAUCAGUUAUGCCCAUCCCAAGUAGCAACAUGCAAGCAAAAACGGAAUGCUUUCCAACCACAAAGUGAGUCGAACCGAUUAAUAAAAGCGUUAGCAUUACCAAUAGUAUUAGGGUGAGGCUUAUUUGGAGCCUGCAUGUAGGAAGAGCAAAGAGAGCUCUGUGUACAAACAUUGUUGUUGUAAAAAUAUAUUUUUAUUUUACAAGGCUCUCUGUAAAAUAGAAAUAUGUUCACAAAGCAAAUUGUGUGCCACCAUACCACAGGCCCAUACUAACUGUCCUUAAUUUCUCUCCUACAGCAGUACUGCUUUGCCAGUCCUGUACUGCACUCUGUUAAGGGCGCAGCAACUCAUCCUGUGUAGGUUAUGGGGGACACAGAGAGAACUGUGCACUUGUCAGUUUUGGUCAGGGUCCACUUACUCGUAGUCGUUGAACCCAGCUGAAGCUUGUUUUGAUUCUCUAAAAGACCCUUAAAUUUUUUAUUGCCUUCUAAAUAAGCUACGUGUCUUGGCUAUAAUAUUUCACUUGCUACCUUUUUAUCAGAAAGGAAGUCAAGAUGAAAUUUUACUUGUAUAAAUAAUGAUGAAGUCAAGCAAACGUGGCUCUGGAAGUUGACCUCAUUUUUUAGGCAAAUUUAAGAUAAGCUUCAAAAUCAAGUCUUCAUUUAUAUUGACUUCAGAAUUUUUGUUGUCCCCCUCGAAGAUGCUUUGAUUUCUUCUUUUUGUUUCCUUGUUUCUUUGAGUGUCACAAAUCAAUGCAAAACAGGUGGUAUACUGUUGUGUGUGAGUUCAAACCCUUUUCCAAAGUGUUACUAAUGGUAAAGAAAAAUUUUCUAGGCUGCUUUUCUGCUGGUUGAAGUCUGACUGCAGAAGGACCCUUGGCACUGAAAGUGAGGCAAAACUCCGGAUCCCAAGCUCCAGGUCAGGUCUUAUGUGGACGUCAUGAGAGAGCAGAAUCUGUCCAAGGAAGAGAGAGAGAUUCGUCUGCAGCUCGCAGAGAAGGCCAAGUCAGGUGACCUGAAAGUUGUCAAUGGGUCCGCUGCCAGCCAAGCUGCUGCUGCCGCCGCCGCCGCUGCAGCUAAACGCAAGCGCCGCUGGGACCAGACGGCUGACCAAACCCCUACCAAUUCUACCCCCAAAAAGAUGUCCAGCUGGGACCAGGCUGAUGCCAAUGCUGAGACUCCGGGACACACGCCAGCGCAUACACCAUCAAACAGCCGAUGGGACGAAACCCCCGGCCGUCCCAAAGGCAGCGAGACCCCCGGGGCAACACCCAGCUCGCGCAUGUGGGACCCAACACCCAGUCACACACCGGCCGGCGCAGCCACACCAGGCAGAGACACACCAGGACAUGCCACACCGGGCCACGGCGGAGCGACUGGAAGCGUCCGGAAGAACCGCUGGGACGAAACCCCAAAGACGGAAAGGGAGACGCCCGGACACGGGAGCGGCUGGGCUGAAACCCCGCGUACAGACAGGGGGGAUGAGUCUGUGGGGGAGACUCCCACUCCAGGAGCCAGCAAGAGGAAAUCUCGCUGGGAUGAAACACCGGCUAGUCAAAUGGGCUCCUCAACACCACUGCUGACCCCUGGAAAGACCCCUAUUGGGACCCCUGCCAUGAAUAUGGCAACCCCAACACCCGGUCACCUGAUGAGCAUGACUCCAGAGCAGCUGCAAGCAUGGAGGUGGGAGCGGGAGAUCGACGAGAGAAACCGGCCUCUCACAGACGACGAGCUUGAUGCCAUGUUUCCUGAAGGAUACAAGGUGUUGCCUCCACCAGCUGGCUAUGUGCCAAUCCGCACGCCAGCCCGCAAGCUCUCGGCAACGCCUACCCCAAUUGGUGGCAUGACAGGCUUCCACAUGCAAGUGGAGGACCGCACCACCAAGCAGAUGAAUGACCAACCCUCUGGAAACCUCCCCUUCCUCAAACCGGAUGACAUCCAGUAUUUUGACAAACUGCUGGUUGAGGUGGAUGAGUCCACAUUGAGCCCUGAAGAACAGAAGGAAAGAAAGAUCAUGAAGCUGCUGCUGAAGAUUAAAAAUGGAACUCCACCCAUGAGAAAGGCGGCCCUUCGUCAGAUCACAGACAAAGCUCGCGAGUUCGGAGCAGGACCUCUGUUCAACCAGAUCCUCCCACUGCUCAUGUCCCCCACCCUUGAGGACCAAGAACGCCACUUGCUGGUGAAAGUCAUCGACCGUAUUCUCUACAAACUUGACGACCUUGUUCGACCCUACGUACACAAGAUCCUGGUGGUGAUUGAGCCCUUGCUCAUUGAUGAGGACUACUACGCCAGAGUCGAAGGCAGAGAGAUCAUUUCCAACUUGGCAAAGGCGGCUGGAUUGGCAACCAUGAUCUCCACCAUGCGUCCCGACAUCGACAACAUGGAUGAGUACGUGAGAAACACCACUGCAAGGGCCUUCGCCGUGGUGGCAUCUGCCCUCGGCAUCCCCUCCCUGCUGCCCUUCCUCAAAGCCGUGUGUAAAAGUAAGAAGUCAUGGCAGGCCCGGCACACCGGCAUCAAGAUCGUGCAACAGAUCGCCAUCCUAAUGGGCUGCGCUAUCCUGCCUCACCUGCGCAGUUUGGUUGAAAUCAUUGAGCACGGUCUGGUGGAUGAGCAACAGAAAGUGAGGACCAUCAGCGCCUUGGCCAUUGCUGCCUUGGCCGAAGCCGCUACACCCUAUGGUAUCGAAUCCUUUGAUUCAGUGCUCAAGCCUCUCUGGAAGGGUAUCCGACAGCACAGAGGAAAGGGUUUGGCUGCCUUCCUCAAAGCUAUUGGCUACCUGAUCCCUUUGAUGGAUGCCGAGUACGCAAACUACUAUACCCGAGAAGUGAUGCUUAUCCUCAUCAGAGAGUUCCAAUCACCAGACGAGGAAAUGAAAAAGAUUGUUCUGAAGGUGGUGAAGCAGUGCUGUGGCACCGAUGGUGUGGAGGCCAACUACAUCAAGACUGAGAUCCUGCCCCCUUUCUUCAAGCACUUCUGGCAGCACAGGAUGGCUUUGGACAGACGUAACUACAGACAGUUGGUGGACACCACAGUAGAACUGGCCAACAAGGUGGGAGCCGCAGAAAUCAUCUCUCGCAUCGUGGAUGACCUCAAAGACGAGGCGGAGCAGUAUCGUAAAAUGGUGAUGGAAACCAUCGAGAAGAUUAUGGGCAACUUGGGCGCCGCAGACAUCGACCACAAGCUGGAGGAGCAGUUGAUUGACGGCAUCCUGUACGCCUUCCAGGAGCAGACCACAGAGGAUUCUGUGAUGCUAAACGGCUUUGGCACGGUGGUGAACGCCCUCGGCAAGCGCGUCAAGCCCUACCUGCCUCAGAUCUGCGGUACGGUGCUGUGGCGUCUCAACAACAAGUCGGCCAAAGUGCGUCAGCAGGCUGCUGACCUCAUCUCACGUACCGCUGUGGUCAUGAAGACGUGUCAGGAGGAGAAGCUCAUGGGUCACUUGGGUGUGGUGCUGUACGAAUACCUCGGUGAAGAAUACCCUGAAGUACUGGGCAGCAUCUUGGGAGCACUGAAGGCUAUUGUAAAUGUUAUUGGUAUGCACAAGAUGACUCCACCCAUCAAAGACCUGCUCCCUCGUUUGACUCCCAUCUUGAAGAACAGACAUGAGAAAGUGCAGGAGAAUUGCAUCGACCUGGUGGGCAGGAUAGCAGACAGGGGUGCCGAGUAUGUGUCAGCCAGAGAGUGGAUGAGGAUUUGCUUUGAGUUGCUGGAGCUUCUCAAGGCUCACAAAAAGGCCAUCCGCAGAGCCACUGUCAACACAUUUGGCUACAUUGCCAAAGCUAUUGGUCCACACGACGUCUUGGCCACUUUGCUCAACAACUUGAAAGUACAGGAGCGUCAGAACCGCGUCUGCACUACGGUGGCCAUUGCCAUUGUGGCCGAGACAUGUUCCCCCUUCACCGUCCUACCUGCGCUCAUGAACGAGUACCGCGUGCCUGAGCUCAACGUCCAGAACGGUGUACUCAAGUCGCUGUCUUUCCUGUUCGAGUACAUCGGAGAAAUGGGCAAGGACUAUAUCUAUGCCGUCACGCCGCUCCUGGAGGACGCGCUCAUGGACAGAGAUCUAGUCCACAGGCAAACUGCCAGCGCCGUGGUCCAGCACAUGUCCCUGGGCGUUUACGGAUUUGGUUGCGAGGACUCCCUCAACCACUUGCUCAACUACGUGUGGCCCAACGUGUUUGAGACGUCGCCUCAUGUCAUCCAGGCUGUCAUGGGCGCCCUGGAAGGCCUGAGGGUAGCCAUCGGACCAUGCCGCAUGCUGCAGUACUGCUUACAGGGUCUGUUCCACCCGGCACGGAAGGUGCGCGACGUCUACUGGAAGAUUUACAACUCCAUCUAUAUCGGCUCCCAGGAUGCCCUCAUUGCCCACUACCCUCAAGUGUACAACGACGAGAAGAACAUGUACAUCCGCUACGAGCUGGACUAUGUCUUGUAAAUACCACCUCCUCAUUCCCCUGCUUUUUUUGUUUUAGCUUGUAUUUGCUGCUCGAAUUUUAGUUUAUCAGACCUUCUCUUUUCCUCGAAGCUCGCACUUGCAGUGGAAACUGAGCAUUGAAGUAGAUAAAAUCUGGCAAAGAACGUUUAGUCUGUAUGUACUUUUCCUAUGUUCCGCCCGCCCACCCUCCUUUAUUUUUCCCCAUCAGUGUUCAAAAUGAGUGAAAGCAGUUGAUCCUUGGAAUUGUUUUAAAUAUUUGGAUAUUUCAUAUGCAUUGAUAGACAUUGGGAUUAGUCUUUCCUGCUUUGUACCUUUUCCCCCAUUUCACAUCUCCUCUGUUGUUACGAUUUGAUUGUUUUUAUUUAACCAAAUAAAAGGUCUCUGUACACUUGUUUGCACAUGCA